AUGCUGUCUCUCGUGCGCCGCUCAGGAGCUCUGGCCCGGACGCCCGCCGUCCGCUGCGCCUCGGCGGUUCCCGCCACCUCUACGUCCUCGGCUCCCGCCGAGCGCGGCAACAUCCAGGAGCUGCUGGCCGGCAACGCCACUGCCCGCAACGGCGUCGAGUACGUCGUGUCCCGCGUCGAUGAUCUGGUGAACUGGGGUCGCAAGAGCUCGCUGUGGCCCAUCACGUUCGGUCUGGCCUGCUGCGCCGUCGAAAUGAUGCACUCCGCUGGUUCUCGUUACGAUUUCGAGCGUAUGGGUAUGGUGUUCCGUGCGUCGCCGCGUCAGACGGACGUGAUGAUCGUCGCUGGAACGCUUACCAACAAGAUGGCGCCGGCUCUGCGUCGCGUGUACGACCAGAUGCCCGAGCCGCGAUACGUGGUCUCCAUGGGCAGUUGUGCCAAUGGUGGUGGCUACUAUCACUACUCGUACGCUGUGGUGCGCGGCGUGGACCGUGUCAUCCCCGUGGAUAUCUACGUGCCCGGCUGCCCGCCCACAGCCGAAGCGCUGCUGUUCGGUCUCAUGCAGCUUCAGAAGAAGGUCAAGGGCAACAAGUCGCUGUUGCUCAAGUUGAGGAAGUAG